GUCUUCGUCGGCGAUCGAAUCUGAAGAGAUGGACGAUGAAUUACUGGAACUGCAGAGGCAAUUUGAGUUCGCGCAGCAGGCGAAAUCGAGCAUCCGAUUAUCGGAGCGGAACGUCGUCGAGUUAGUUCAGAAGCUCCAGGAGCUUCACAUCAUUGACUUCGAGCUUCUCCACACUGUCUCCGGCAAAGAAUACAUUACUCCGGAGCAACUGAGGCAUGAAAUUGUGGCAGAAGUCAAGAAGUUAGGCCGUGUCUCUUUGAUUGAUUUGGCAGACACUACUGGAGUUGAUUUAUAUCAUGUAGAGAAGCAAGCUCAACAUGUAGUGUCAAAUGAUCCAGGGCUCAUGUUCAUUCAAGGAGAAAUAAUAUCACAAUCUUAUUGGGAUUCUGUAGCUGAAGAAAUCAAUGACAGGCUUCAAGAAUGCAGUCAAAUUGCUUUGGCGGAGCUAGCUGCACAAUUACAUGUUGGCUCUGAGUUGAUGGCUUCUAUUUUGGAGCCUCGCCUUGGGACUUUGGUGAAGGGUAGGCUUGAAGGUGGGCAACUCUACACACCGGCAUAUGUUGCACGUGUUAGUGCCAUGGUUCAGGGUGCUGCCAGGGGGAUCACAGUUCCAACAAAUUUGUCGGUGUUGUGGAGCACUUUACAGCAGCUAUUACUAGAAAUGGAAGGAGGUAGCGGUGUAGCUGUUGAAGGUUCAUUCUUUCAAUCCCUUUUUAAUGGCCUGGUGAAGGAAGACAAGGUUCUUGGAAUGCUUCGUGCAGGGGUUCAUUGGACUCCAACAGUUUUUGCUCUUGCACAAAAGGAAUGUGUAGAUUCAUUCUUUUCACAGAAUUCUUUUAUCAGCUAUGAGGCUCUGCACAAACUUGGAAUUUCUCAGCAAGUUCAAUUUUUGCAGUCCAGGUAUCCUGAAGGCAUACCUUUAGUUACUGUAUUUGUUCACCCCUCGAUGAUUGAGAUGUUGGAUUCGGCUAUUGAGGAUGCCAUUGAUCGUGGUAGCUGGAUUGAUUCUCUUUCUGUGUUGUCCGCAUCUUUUGGACUCCAAGAUGCAUCUAAGAUUUUGUCCAACUGUCCUUCUCUUCACUCAGCCUUAAAGGCUAAUAAAGCACUCAUCCUGGGGGAUUCAUAUAUUUUUAGCAGUGGCUUUGUGAAGGAUGUCUAUGAUCGUGUGGAGAAAGAGCUCGAAGCCUUAAGCCUUUCCGGGUCUUAUGGUACUGUCCAGGGUGGUGGCUCACAUCUAACUAAGGAAGCCAAAAGUGGAAAUGAUUCAAACAGGUUUUCUGAGCAAACAGAAACUGCUAGUGAGAGUGGCAACAGCAAACGAGGUGUCGAGAAAGGAUCAAAGAAGAAAAAGGGUAAAUCCUCUGGGGCAAAAGUGACAACAACUGAAGGUGAUUCAGAAAACGAGGAUUAUAUCCCUACCAAAUCUAAGAAAAGCCAGAAGAGAGGGAAGGAUACAUCUUCCUCUCAAGUGGCAGAUGCAAAAGCAGGAGGUAAGAGAGAUUCAGGUAAAAUGCAAGAGGAAAAUGUGCCUUCAGAAGAAUGGGUUAUGCAAAAGCUUUUGUUUCUGGUUCCUGAUUUUGAAGAACAAGGUGUUGAUGAUCCCCAAAUAAUUCUUGGACAUUUAGCAAACUAUAUCAGACCUAUGUUGAUUAAUUAUUGGAAGCAGAGAAGAAAGGCAUUGUUUACAGAAAAUGCAGAGAAAAUGAGACAUUUGCUUGAUAAUUUGCAAAGGAAACUUGAUGAGUCUUUCUUGAACAUGCAGCUUUAUGAAAAAGCAUUAGAUUUGUUUGAAGAUGACCAGUCAACUUCUGCUAUUUUGCAUAGGCAUUUAUUGAGAACAACUGCUGCUUCUAUUUCAGAUAUGCUCUUUCUUAACUUGGAAAAACACAACAAAUUGAAAAUUGGAAUUGAAGUUGAAGAGUCUCAAAAUUCAGAAAGUGUAAUACUAAGCUCUGGAGAAAGGAUUGCCAUUGCAAAGAGUUUCCCAGGAUCUCUGUCAAAGAAGGCUCUUGUGGUUGCUGAAACUUUGGAGGGGAAGCGGGUAGAGACAUUCAUGACCGCUCUGAGGGAGCUGGCUGAGGAGAGUGGAUUACUCUUGAAAAAGCUAGACAAAAAAUUGGAAAGAACUCUUUUGCAUUCGUAUCGCAAGGAUUUGAUUUCUCAAGUUUCUGCUGAAACUGAUCCAAUUUCUCUUCUGCCAAAAGUUGUUUCAUUACUUUAUAUACAGGUUCACAAUAAAGCUCUUCAGGCCCCUGGAAGGGCCAUCUCUGUUGCUGUAAAUCGACUGAAGGACAAACUAGAUGAUUCGCCAUACAAGAUCUUGACAGAUUACCAAAGUACAACAGUGACACUUCUAGCACUUAUGUCUGCUGCUGCUGGCAAUGAGGAUGAUUGCUCAGCUGAUAGAAUUUUGACUAAAAGGGAGCUUCUGGAGAGCCAAAUGGUCGCACUGAAAGGCCUGGUCUUGGGCCCCUCACAGUCGUAAGGGAUACGAUGGGAUCUGAUAUUAGACUGGCAGUUCUCCCAUUUCUACCAGAAAGCUUAACUCGAAGGCUGGAAAAGUUCUUUGGUUUCGGACUCCAACCUUCUUGAAAUCUUCCUUUCAAAGUUGUACAGUAGCUGUUUCAGAACAGACUUUAUAAUUUUAAGGCACAGGGAAAUUGGACUGAAUUAGGCUUUGCACAAUCUAAAGCGUUGAUAAUGAACAUAACAUCUAUUCUUACUAAUACAAGGCUAAUUUUUCA